ACCUCCGCAAUGCGUCGCCCGAAUACUUCUUCUCCUGGAGAUGGUUCUCGAACAAUAACGAUUACCUCUACUCCUACAAGUGAAGAUGAAGGCUCGUCCAAUGACCCCCCUAGAUCUGCCGUUGGUGCUUUAAAGCUUCGUGCAACGACUAGGAAACCCAGACAAAAGGUUGUUUGGAGAGAAGAUGUUGUAGAUAACGAAGGUGCUGGGAAGAAAUCCUCUAAAAUCUGUUGUAUCUAUCACAAACCCAAGGCGUACGAUGAAUCUUCGGACGAGGACGAGUCAGAUUCAGAUUCUUCAUGCGAUCAUAAUCACGCUGGCCACAGCCGUGAUCACCACCAU